UUAAUGACGAUGAUGAGCAACUGCGAUUCUUCCGCUCGGGACUGUUACGUAACUGACCAGUUUAUGUUUUCAGAAUUCAUGUUCUAACUAAGUUAAUGUUGAGUUAUAGUUGAGUUAUUGUUGAGUUAAAAUUGAGGUAUAGUUGAGGUAAGGUUAAAUUAAUCGCUCCGUAUUGUUGGAUUAUUUACACUAGAAGAGAGAUGGUGCUGAAAUCUGAAGACGGUGUCGUACCCGAAGACCUCACUCCUGAGGAACAGAAAGAGCUUGAAAACAUCCGGCGUCGAAAGCAAGAGCUACUGGAUGACAUUCAGCGUCUGAAAGAUGAGAUCGCUGAAGUGACCAGUGAGAUUGAGAACCUGGGUUCUACAGAGGAGAGGAAGAACAUGCAAAGGAACAAACAAGUGGCCAUGGGUCGCAAAAAGUUCAACAUGGACCCUAAAAAGGGAAUCCGAUUCCUCAUUGAGAAUGAUCUUCUGAAGAACACCAGUGAAGACAUUGCUCGCUUCCUCUACAAGGGUGAAGGUCUUAACAAGACUGCCAUAGGAGAUUAUUUAGGAGAGAGGGAUGACUUCAACAUCCAGGUCCUUCAUGCUUUUGUGGAGCUGCACGAGUUCACAGAUCUAAACCUUGUUCAGGCGCUCAGGCAGUUUCUCUGGAGUUUCAGACUUCCUGGUGAAGCCCAGAAGAUUGACAGAAUGAUGGAGGCGUUUGCCCAGCGCUACUGUCAGUGUAACUCUGGGGUCUUCCAGUCCACGGACACAUGCUACAUCCUGUCCUUUGCCAUCAUCAUGUUGAACACCAGCCUUCACAACCCAAAUGUUAAAGACAAGCCCGCAGUGGAGCGUUUCAUCUCCAUGAACAGAGGCAUCAAUGAUGGAGGAGAUCUGCCAGAAGACCUGCUCAGGAACCUGUAUGAUAGCAUCAAGAAUGAGCCCUUCAAAAUCCCUGAGGAUGAUGGCAAUGACUUGACUCAUACUUUCUUCAACCCAGACAGAGAGGGCUGGCUGCUCAAACUGGGAGGACGUGUUAAAACUUGGAAAAGACGAUGGUUUAUUCUCACAGAUAACUGUCUUUACUACUUUGAGUACACUACUGAUAAAGAACCACGAGGUAUUAUUCCGCUGGAAAACCUCAGCAUUCGUGAAGUAGAGGACAAGAAACCGAACUCCUUUGAGCUCUUCAUACCCGACAACAAGGAUCAGGUGAUCAAGGCUUGUAAGACAGAGGCCGAUGGAAGAGUGGUGGAGGGAAAUCACACUUUCUACCGCAUCUCUGCUCCUACAGCUGAGGAGAAAGAUGAGUGGAUGAACAGCAUCAAGGCAGCCAUCAGCAGAGAUCCAUUCUAUGAGAUGCUGGCUGCGAGGAAAAAGAAGGUCUCCUCUAUGAAGAGACACUAGAGCAUCACAGAAUGAAGAUGUUAAGAGAUUCAGGGAUGCUGUGUCUAAACUGCUUCCUCUAGUGGAGACAACUGAGCUGUGCAUCACCACCAAUUCACAGGCUUACUGAGAGAAGAAACAUUUAAAUGACAACCAGAGAAAAAUCUAGAAGAGUGUGUGUAUCUAUAUGUAUGUGUGUUUGCGUGUUGGAGGGAAAUCAGUGGACUUUUUCCUCAGAACCCCCAAAGAGAACAGUUGUUCCUCAUGCUUAACCAAAACCUGGCCUUUGUUUUCUCUCUUGCACACUUUGUAUGAUCUGAGCUCAGCAGGUCUGAUAGAAUGAGGAAAACAAAAAAGUUCCUUCUUGUGUUUGAGAAAGUGAAGAUUUCCUUCAGUGCUCUGAUGUGUAUAGGCAAUAAGUGUAUUUUUCCAUUUUUAUUCUGCAAAAGGGGCUUGGUCAUCAAAGCUUCAUUUACAUAUUUAACUGUUAAUGGUUUUUCAGAAACUACUGUAGUUUACAUCAAGACCAAGAAAACUAAACUCAAGAGAGUGGAAAAUCCCCCAAAAUAUUGUCAGCGUGAUUGGACAUUUGCUUUUAUUCAGGAUGUGUCAUAGUAAGAUGAGCGUAUUGUGAUGACCACCAGCUGUGUGUGUGUGUGUGUGUGUGUGUGUGUGUGUGUGUGUGUUGUUUCUAGCUGAAUAUCAUUGCAUUGUUUCUACCUUUUACACAGACAGUGAGGUUCAGGUCCAGCAUCUCAUUGAAUGAAUAAAUCUGCCUAACAACAGUUUACAGUAAUAUUUGUUACUGUGCCCUUAGUUUCCUCUUACUUAAAUUAGUUGAUUUUUUUCUGGGGUUUCCAUUUCCACCGUCUUGCAGUUAUUCUUUAUCUAAGCAGUAUUGGAUUAAUUUAUAUUGUUAUAAGUUGUAUAUACUUUAGUAUAUAUAGAUUUUUUUGUUUUUUAUAAAUGUUAUAUUUAGCAAUAUUGUCCUAGUUAAAUGACUUCAUCUUUUCUUUCUCAUUUUGGUUUUGGAUGUAGAAACCGUUGCAAUGGUGGCAAGACCUUUCUAAAAUAAUAAAUCAUCUGUAUCUUGGUUA